AUGGUAAGUGCUAUUCCAUACGGCUCAGACUUCGGCUUGGACGCCUCUUUGGAGACUCCCAUGACACUGCGGCAAUUCCUCGUGGCUUCUUCCCCCGCGCCCGCGCCUGCCACGAAGCGCCAGCGCCGAGAGGGACUGCAGGUUUUCAAUGCCCCUCCUCCGUACUUCUUCGUGGCGGUGGACCAGGAGCUUCAGCCGGAGCUUGCCGAGACCUUCGAGGCCUCACUGGACCUAUCAGCCGGAACAGAGCUUCCUUGGCCUCUUGGUGCCGUCGAGACGGGCCAGAAGCUGCCCUUCAGGGCCACGACACUUCAAUUCGCUGUGGGAGCUGAGGGGAGCGGCUCACCCAUGCACUUCCACCAAGACGCACUGAACUUGUGCCUGCGCGGCCGGAAGCGAUGGUGGCUGGUUCCUCCGAGCGAGGCUGCCUUCUCGAGGUGUCAUCCAUUGGAUGCCAUGGACAUGGGAACGUCGGCCAAAUCCGUCAAAGACUGCUUCGAGGGUGCCUGCGUCUUCGAGCAAGAGGAGGGCGACAUUGUCUACGUCCCAGACAUGUGGGGCCAUGCUGUCUUGAACCUGGAGGACCAUACCGUCUGCGUGGCGGCAGAGUUCGCAUAG